AUGGCAAGUAGUUCAUCGACAAGUAAAAAAAUGACUCGAGAAUCUCAAAAGAUUAAUUCAUUGGAAACAUUGCUUCAGACAGAUAAUAUAUUUUUAUUUAUACCCAAUAUAAUUGGUUAUGUACGAAUUUUUCUUUCAAUUGCUUCAUUUUAUUUUAUGCCAACGCAUCCAAUAACUACAGUUCUAUGUUAUUUAACAAGCGAACUGUUAGAUGCACUCGAUGGACAUGCUGCUCGAGCGCUUGGUCAAAGUACAAAAUUCGGCGCUAUGUUUGAUAUGCUCAUUGAUCGAUGUUCAACUAUGUGUUUAUGCUUUGUCUUGGCAAUGUUCUAUCCAUCAUGGGCACUUUUCUUUCAACUAUGGGCAGCUAUUGAUGUUGCUAGCCAUUGGCUUCAUUUACAUGCAGCAACAGUCAAAGGUUCCGAAAGUCAUAAAAAAAUAGAUCUUUCAGGCAAUCCUGUUCUUCGCCUUUAUUAUACAUCACGAAAAGUUCUUUUUACAAUGUGUGCUGGCAAUGAACUUUGGUUUUCAAUGGUUUAUUUACUUCAUUUUGGCGAAGGUCUUGAAGUAAUUACAUAUGGUGCCUAUACGAUAGGUCUUUGGCGCAUUAUUCUCUAUGCUGUAACUCCUAUUAUGGUAUUAAAGCAAAUAAUUAGUUUGAUUCAUUUGUAUACAGCUGCGCUUGACAUGGCUGCAAUUGAUGAAGCUGAACGAGCAAGACAAAAAUAG